UUGCACUUUGUUAAGAAAACAUUGGUCUGUGAUGACAAGUGCACACACGUCGUACUAGUAAAGUAAACUGACGAUGCCAGCCCAAAGUGUACUUGUCCGAGAUCCCUCUUUUCUGGCGAGGGGACUGCAGCAAUACUUGAGUUUGUUAAAGAAAUAUCCAAUCAUCACCAAAUCGGUGACGAGUGGCAUUCUAUCUGCUUUGGGAAAUCUUCUGUCUCAAGCUUUGGAGUACAGGAAGCACAGCAAAGAAAAUAGCCCAAAAAAGAAAAUCAACAUUCUGGGACCUGUACACUUUGCAAUUUAUGGAUUUUUUAUCACAGGUCCACUCAGUCAUUACUUCUACCAUCUCCUGGAGGUGCUUUUGCCAACCACUGUCCCAUACUGCCUGAUCAAGCGCCUUCUGCUGGAACGUCUCGUAUUCGCCCCGGCUUUCCUUUUGCUGUUCUAUGUGGUUAUGAAUGCUUUAGAGGGCAAGACAAUCACAGAUGUUCAAAAGAAAAUUAAAACAAGUUACUGGCCUGCAAUGAAGAUGAACUGGAAGGUUUGGACCCCGUUUCAGUUUAUCAACAUCAACUAUAUACCAGUACAGUUUCGAGUGCUGUUUGCCAACAUGGUUGCCCUGUUCUGGUAUGCCUAUCUAGCCUCUGUUAGGAAAUGAAACCACAAAACCAGUAACAGUGAGUCUAGAUUGGUUUAAAAUGAAUCCAGUUUGUGCCUUUAAAGGACUAAUGUGUAGCACUGUUUUAAAUAUCUUCCAGAACAACUGACAGGGAAUAUUGUUCGUCUUCUGUAGAUCAAAAUUGAGAUUGUACUGCUACUUCCAUUGACUGUGUAUUGAAUUAUUGCCAUGAAAUUAAUAUUUUUAGAACUAAAAUCUGUCGCUAGAUUUUUUUAUGCUCGUGUCUUUGUGCUUGUGGAGGCACCGACAAUGAUGUCAGCAUUUUUAUUGUGUUGUAUUUGAUUAAUAAUUAAAAAAAACAUUGAUUACAAACUAAUUUUAGCAUUUACUAAUAGUUAUUAUCUUCACUAGAGUUUAUUGUAAGUUUAUGUACAUAAAUAGCAGUGACCUUGCUAAUAUGUUGUGUAUACUUUUAUAGCCCUGAUAAAAUGCAGACAAUGUUUUUUAAUGACAUUUUGUUUAAAAUAUUAUGUUAUCUAUGUUUAAAUAUAAUAUUAUAAAAUCUCAAUAUUAUGAUUUAAAGUUUCAAUACUGUAUGUGUUUUAAAGGAAGGUGGGUUAUAUUGUAGUUUAGAGAAAUGUUAAAAACCCAUUUUGCAGAGCAUUCACAGCGUCUGUAUGAACUAAUAAGAUAUAUUUAUAAAAAAAUAUAUAACUUAUUGUACAAACAAAGUUGCCUCACUCUCAAACACACUAUCAGUUUGUGAUUGUUUUGAAACCCACCCCCACCCUGACUUUCCUUUUCAGUGAUUAUUCAGCGACUUUCUGUUUCCAUACUUCAGAAAAUCUGUGAGCAUGACAGGCCAUAAACAUGACGUAGGGCACAAACAUCAGGGUGUGUUCAGAGCUUUAAUAAACAUGCACGAGAAUUACGUCAUAGUGGAAUCUUGUAGAUUGAACCAACUUCAAAUAAUGUACAGUAUGGCCAGAUCUUUGUUCCUUAAUGCUUUUAUUGUUGUUUAACAUUUGUGUAAUUUGCAUUAAGUAUUCAGUUAUAUAAUGUAAUUUCCUUGAUCAAAUAAUGUUCAUGUUGACUUCAUUUGUUGCCACAAAGUUUUGUAAAGAGCAGUGCAGUUUACUUGUGGAUAUUCAACAUCACAAAAAUGUGUUUUGUUGACAGCUACUUACACAACUUUCAUUUUCCAUUCUGCUCAUGAUGACAUUGGAAAGGUAUGGUAUUUCCCAUUGUCAUGUGACGAGGGAAACCCAGGUAAGCCGAAACAUGCCAUAUAAAACAACCACGCCCAGUCCCAUUUGUGCACAACAGCGUGCCAAACUGUUUUGAACACUUUCCAUUUAUCAUUUGUCUUAUAAUUGCUAUGUUUGGUUUCUGGAGACAUGUCAACUGUUUACUUAAGAGUACUCAAGAAGACUUCUAAGCAUUUAAAAUAAAGAAAAUGAAAUAUUAAAACAUUA